GUGUUCGUGUUCGUGUUGGUUCAUCAGCUAUGGCAGUGGCUCAGCUUCUCAUCAAUCCAACUCAAACUUUCUCCCCAUUCUUGGAAUCUGCAAGGCCAAGGCUUUUUAAACCAAAACAGUUUCGUUUGAGAGCUUUGAGUAAUAAACCCAAUGAUGAAGAGAUGCAUCUGGUAGGAAAACAAACAGAUGGAUGGACCGUCGACUACUCCGGCGAAAAACCGGCGACGCCCUUGUUGGACACUGUCAAUUAUCCUAUUCAUAUGAAGAAUCUGUCAACAGAGGAUCUUGAGCAGCUAGCAGCAGAGCUUAGAUCAGAAAUUGUGUUCUCUGUAUCCAAAUCUGGAGGUCAUUUAAGUUCAAGUUUAGGCGUCGUCGAGCUAACCGUGGCGCUGCAUCAUGUGUUCAACACUCCAGAAGACAAGAUCAUAUGGGAUGUUGGGCAUCAGGCAUAUCCACACAAAAUUCUCACUGGAAGAAGGUCAAGAAUGCAUACUAUAAGGCAAACUUCAGGGCUUGCUGGGUUUCCCAAAAGGGAUGAGAGUGUUCAUGAUGCUUUUGGUGCUGGACAUAGCUCUACAAGCAUAUCAGCUGGUCUUGGCAUGGCCGUUGGCAGAGACCUUUUGGGAAAGAAGAACAAUGUCAUUUCUGUGAUUGGAGAUGGAGCCAUGACAGCAGGCCAAGCAUACGAGGCAAUGAACAACGCAGGCUAUCUUGAUGCCAACAUGAUCAUUGUCCUUAACGACAAUAAGCAAGUCUCCUUGCCUACUGCUACACUUGAUGGACCAGCUACUCCUGUUGGUGCACUGAGUGGUGCCUUAACCAAGCUGCAAGCAAGCACACAAUUUAGAAAGCUUCGUGAAGCUGCAAAGACCAUCACAAGACAAAUUGGUGGGCAAGCCCAUGAAGUUGCAGCAAAAGUCGACGAAUAUGCACGAGGUAUGAUCAGUGGUUCGGGAUCGACAUUUUUCGAGGAGCUAGGCUUGUACUAUAUUGGUCCUGUGGAUGGACACAAUGUGGGAGAUUUGGUGACCAUUUUUGAUAAGGUGAAAUCAAUGCCAGCACCCGGACCUGUAUUGAUCCACAUCGUUACAGAAAAAGGGAAGGGCUAUGCACCAGCAGAAGCAGCGGCUGAUAAAAUGCAUGGAGUUGUCCCGUUUGAUCCCAAAACUGGCAAGCAAUUCAAGACAAAAUCUCCUACACUUUCAUACACUCAAUACUUUGCUGAGUCUCUGAUACAAGAAGCUGAAGUCGACGACAAAAUCGUCGCCAUCCAUGCUGCCAUGGGUGGUGGAACUGGUCUUAACUACUUCCAGAAGAAGUUUCCAGAUCGUUGCUUCGACGUCGGGAUCGCCGAGCAACAUGCUGUUACAUUUGCAGCUGGUUUAGCUACAGAGGGCCUGAAGCCAUUUUGUGCUAUUUACUCAUCCUUCCUUCAAAGAGGCUUUGAUCAGGUGGUGCACGACGUAGACCUUCAGAAACUACCUGUCCGUUUCGCAAUGGAUCGAGCUGGUUUGGUCGGUGCCGAUGGGCCGACACAUUGUGGAGCAUUUGAUAUAACAUACAUGGCUUGUUUACCAAACAUGGUUGUCAUGGCUCCAUCUGAUGAAGCUGAACUAAUGCACAUGGUUGCAACGGCAGCAGCAAUCGACGAUAGACCAAGUUGUUUUCGAUUUCCAAGAGGCAACGGGAUUGGCGUCGAUCUUCCUCCAAACUACAAAGGAACUCCAAUAGAGAUUGGUAAGGGGAGAAUACUGAUGGAAGGCACUAAAGUUGCUAUCUUGGGGUAUGGCUCAAUAGUUCAACAGUGUGUUGGAGCUGCUGAAUUGCUUAAAACAAGGGGCAUUGUCCCAACAAUAGCGGAUGCCAGAUUUUGCAAGCCUCUAGAUACUCAACUCCUCAAGCAAUUGGCUAAGGAACAUGAAAUUCUUAUUGUGGUGGAGGAAGGCUCCAUUGGAGGCUUUGGCUCUCAUGUAUCCCAUUUCCUUAGCUUAACCGGACUUUUAGAUGAUCAUCAUCUCAAGUUGAGAAGUAUGGUUCUUCCCGAUCGAUACAUCGACCAUGGAUCGCCACGAGACCAGAUGGAAGAAGCGGGAUUGUCGGCUGGACACAUAGCUGGAACAGUGUUAACUCUUUUGGGAAGAUCAAAAGAAGCUCUUUUAGUGCAAGUUUCUACCAGCAGGAAGCCAAUCUCUUAGUAGGAAGCUAUAUGAUAUGUAUCAGACUCAUCAACGAUAAUGUAAUCCUAUGAUCCUACCUAAGUGAAUAUCCAACACAGUUUUAAAUCAAACCAAGGAUUGCUAUAAGGACAUACCGCUGCAAUGUUCAUAAUAAUAAGUUUUGAAA